AUGAGACACGAAUGGGGUUACUAUCUGAUGAUGCAUCCUACUGAUCUACAAGAAUACGGGCUUCCGGUCAAGCUUCCGGUCGCUCUGGAAUCUCAAAAACACGUGAGGCGCGCGAGCGAGGCUCUUAUCGUCCUACAGAUACAGCAGCCUCUGAUGGCCUUCCUCGUCAAGAUCUGCCUUGAGCUACUUCCCGACGUAGAAGGUGGUCUGGACGGGUUCAAGGCCUUCUUCCAAGCCCCCGAACAACCCGAGCCCCCCGAAAUAAGAACGACAAAAGAGGAUGGAUGGGACUCGGCUUUCGCACUAGCCCAAGACAUUCCAUAUACCGCCCCACAAUGGGAAGACUUUCUCAAAAUCAUGUCCUCUAUAGCGGCUAGAAUACACGAGUGGAAGGACCAUGCCUGGGCUAUGCGCGAUGAUCCAUCCUAUUUCACUAAUGCUGUUAGCGAGUUCUGUAAGUGCGAGGCGCCGUGA